GAGACUGGGGAAAGGAGUGUGACGGUGACAGCUGGGCAGUGAUCCCGGAGGCGCCCCUCCUUCCGACUUUCCAGGGGGCUGCCUCAGCCCUUGCCCGCUCUCUUCACCGUCAGCCUCGCUCCGGCUCCCCCUUUCCCCCCCGACUGGAGGGGUCCCCAUCGGCCCCACCCCCUCGAGCCCCCAUUGCGAGCGUCCGCCGCUCCCUCUGGGAAAGCGAUCCCCCCGCCAAUCGGUUCUCCCCAUGGAUUACAGGUUUCCUUCGGGAGAGGGAGGCGCAGCCCUCCUUUGCCCGACGCCCGAGGAACCGCUGCGCGGGGUUGCGCGGCAGUGAGGCGCACCGCCUGUCAGUUUUAGGACGGAUCCUGCAGCGCUGGCGGGGAACAAAGCGGCUUUCCUCCUUCCCACCUCUUCCGUGCCGUCCUCCGGCUUGACUCUUCUACUAUGGACGGUAUCUUAGAGCCCUUUCCCGGGGGCGCCUCCAGCUUCCUGGACUUGGGCGAUUUGAAUGAAGCAGAUUUUCUUAACAAUGUGCAUUUCUCCGAGAGCUUUGACCACUUCUCUGAGAACAUGGAGGACUUUUCCAAUGAACUGUUCAACAGCUUCUUUGAUGACCCCAUGCUGGUUGAAAAGAACCCUUUGCUGGACAUGGAUCUGGAUCCUCCCACUCCUGGCAUCCAGGCAGAGCACAGCUACUCCCUGAGUGGAGACUCUGCUCCACAGAGCCCUCUUAUGCCUGUCAAGAUGGAAGAGAAUGUCAGUGAAUUGGAAAAUGGUAUGUGGUCCCUCCAGCACAAGCUAUGUUCCAUCAUGGUGAAGCAGGAGCAGAACAUGGUGCCAGAAGUACCUGAGACUCAGCUGCCAGCUCAUGCAGUUCCCAUGAUGAAUCUUAACCCACUGCAAAGGUUGCCAGCCCCCAAAGAGGCUCCUACAGAAAUGACUACCCAACCUGUAAUCAAAGCUGAACCCAGAGAAGUGAACCAAUUUUUAAAUGUGCCAACAGAUGACUUGGUGCAGAUGCCACCAACACCUCCCAGCAGCCAUGGCAGUGACAGUGAUGGAUCUCAGAGCCCAAGAUCUCUGCCUCCCUCCAGCCCAGCCCGCCCCACUGCUCGGUCUUCUACAGCAAUCUCUUCUUCUCCACUUCUCACAGCACCACAUAAACUGCAAGGGACUUCAGGGCCACUGCUCCUAACCGAGGAGGAAAAGCGCACCCUGAUUGCUGAGGGCUACCCCAUCCCAACCAAGCUUCCUUUGACUAAAGUAGAGGAGAAAGCACUGAAGAGAGUAAGGCGAAAGAUCAAGAACAAGAUUUCUGCACAGGAGAGUCGCAGGAAGAAGAAAGAGUACGUAGAGUGCUUGGAGAAAAAAGUUGAAACGUAUACAUCUGAGAAUAAUGAACUGUGGAAAAAAGUGGAGACGUUAGAGAAUGCAAACAGGACUCUUCUGCAGCAGUUACAGAAACUACAGUCUCUGGUAGCAGGAAAGGUUUCCAGGCCGUACAAAAUGGCCUCUACACAAACAGGAACAUGCCUGAUGGUCCUAGUGCUGUGCUUUGUCCUGGUUUUGGGCUCCAUGAUGCCAUGUCUCCCAGAAUUCUCAACAACAUCACAAACAGUAAAAGCAGCCCCAACGCCAGACAUUUACACAACAAGUAAAAUCCAGUCACGGAGCCUGCUGUUCUAUGAUGAGCACAGGGGCUCCUUAGAGGAGACUUACAGCUCCUUCAUUUCUGUGGAGCAUCCUGAAGAAUGGGAGGCUGAAAAAAAUGGGGAGGAAGAGGAGCAGCCACAAGAUGAUGUACACAGUAGCCUGGCUGUGGCUCAUGAAACCGUCAAGUAUCUGAACAAAACCCAUCUUACAAGCCCAAAUCAGAAUCAGACCAGCUCAGGUCUUACUCAUCCCAAGGAAGGAUUCCAUGAGAGAGAUGGAACCUCCAGUGACACAGCUGAAUAUUUGUAGCAGCUGCAAGCUCUCCGAGCCUUUUCCGUCUGGAUGCAGGAUCCUUUCCUAGUGAUGUGACUGGGAUUGCAAUCCUUUGCAUGCUUACCUAGAAGUAAGCCUUAUUAUUCUCAGAGGGACUUAGUUCUGAGUAAGCAUUACUAGGAUUGCAAGGUUGGGGGGUUGGAUUGCAGGUCUAAACUCACAGGCUCAUGAAUACAACCUGGCAGGAAUUAUUUCUGAGUAACAUGAAUAGGCUUGCACUGUGGAAGGAGAUGCCCUACCUAGACAUCUCCAAGCUGGCCUUGAGUUUAGCUUCUUAUUCACUCAGACUUAGGCCCUGCUAUCAAUACUGAACUUUCUGUCAGGUUUCACAAUAUUUUCCAUAAUCAGGGAUAGCACCUGGCAACAUAAAAGCCUCAGCCCUCUAAUUUAUCCUCACUUGGGAUCACCAUAGCUGCUGGUUAUGCUUUUCCCUUGACUGAAGUCUACCACACAACUGUACCAUUCCCAGACCAUUUCUGUUUCUAUGUCAGGAAAAACUUCAUUCCUGUUCAGCUACUGAUCGUUCAGAUUUUUGCAUUAGGUUUUUUUUUUACAUAGUUGUACACUUUACAGUUAAAUUUACAGAUAAGAGUGAAAAGGUCUUCAAAAGAUACUUUUUGCUUAUCAAAUAUGACAUUGCAAAGUGAAUGGGAUUCCAUAUCACAUUUAUGUCCAGAUAAGAAAAAAAUAGUCUUCUAAAAAGUGUUUCUCAUCAACACAAAUCAUAAUCAAUAAAAUCAGUCCUCAUCUCUGAUGAUUAGAGCUGCAGUCUGAAGGUUUACUUCUGAAUAAGAAGCUUUUCAAAAAUUCAUUGCAAUCUUAGGUGCUUUUUAAACUUUGGCUUUCCUUUGAGAUAGUCCAACAGUUUACUCCAGCCCAUUUUAAUGAGGUCCUUCUUUAUUUUACACUGUUUCCUUUAAAACAUGAAACUACAAACUGGACAAGUCUCCAUACUGACUAAGAAAUUCUGUUUGGCCAUGUCUACAGAUGUUCCUCCUCAACAUGCAGAGGACCAAAGAUAGUGAGGAUCUCUAUGCUCCCCACUCCCCACCCCCCAUAUGCACCCUUACAUAUACACUAUUUUAAUGUUUUCUGGUUCAUUCGGGACAGAUAGAUCAGCACAUUUCAGCAGUGGUUUUCAUUUCAAUAGUCUACAUACAGAAAUUCUUCCCAGCAAUUCUUCAUUAAAGUCCACUAGGAUCAACACUGCAGCUUUCUACCCAUCCACCCCUUCAAAAAUCCAAAACCAGCAUAAAGAACCACUUCUCAACAAGUGCAUAUCCUUGUCAUCCAUGCCAUUAGUCAUAACUUCUGAGAAUUGUCCACGUGUGCCUCAAAUUCAUACUGUUGUACAGAGACCAAAAGCAGAAAUUGUUUGUACAUAAUGAAUCUUAUUUUGUAUUAUUGCCAACCCUUAAGAUAAUGUAUUUUGGAGAUCCUCAAAUCCUAUUUUCUGUAUUGUAUUUUAUUAAGAGUUAUUGCGGGCUUUGCCUCUGUGAAUUUCCUAUCUUUGCAACGUACUGUUUCCACUAGGUCUAGCAGCUGAUGUUUGCCCUGUUUGUUUCCAAUAUAUCACUCUUUUCUUCUUCUCUUGGCUCUGCAGUCGCUUUCAAGCAGCAAAAUUAAAAAAAGAUGCAGCAUCA